AUGUCAGAUUCUCUCACUACUAAUUUAAAACAAACUGCUGGGACUUCACCAGUUCACCUUCACUCACUCUCUCUCGCAAGCACAACUUCACCUUCACUCUCUCUCUCCCCCUCGCUCGCCUUCACUCUCUCUCCCCCCUCGCUUCUAUCUCUCUCUCUCCCCUCGCUCGCCUUCCUCUCUCUCCCCCCCUCGCUCGCCUUCCUCUCUCUCUCCCCCCUCGCUCGCCUUCCUCUCUCUCCCCCUCCCUCGCCUUCCUCUCUCCCCCUCCCCCUCGCCUUCACUCUCUCUCCCCUCGCUCGCCUUCACUCUCUCCCCCCCCUCCUCCUUCACUCUCUCCCCCCUCCCGCCUUCUCUCUCUCUCCCCUCGCUCGCCUUCACUCUCUCUCUCCCCCUCGCUCGCCUUCCUCUCUCUCUCCCCCCUCCUCGCCUUCACUCUCUCUCUCUCCCCCUCGCUCCUUCACCUCUCUCUCUCCCCCCCCUCGCCUUCCUAUCUCUCUCUCCCCCUCGCUCCUUUUCACUCUCUCUCUCUCCCCCCUCGCUCCGCCUUCCUCUCUCUCUCUCUCCCCCCCCUCUCUUCCUCUCUCUCUCCCCCCCCGCUCACUUCCUUCCUCUCUCUCUCCCCUCGCUCCUUCCUCUCUCUCUCUCCCCCUCGCUCGCCUUCCCCUCUCUCUCUCUCCCCCCCUCUCCUUCCUUCUCUCUCUCUCUCCCCCUCGCUCGCCUUCACUCUCUCUCUCCCCCUCGCUCGCCUCCAGACACACAUUCUGUCAUACUUCUUUCCCCCACCAACCUCUCCAUAAAUAUUUAUCCACGUAA